AUGGAACUCCCUGGACUGCCUUUCGAGCUGGUCAGGAUGAUUGUCAAUUACAACGACAUCACGCAGCGCGAUCGCUGCGCUCUUGCGCGUGUCAACAAGGCCCACAACAGGAAGGUGAGCGGCUUGCUUUAUCAUGCAGUCGUCUUUUCAGGAAGUUAUCGUGCGGCAAACGGUUCUCUCGUCGCUACAUCCAUUCGCAAGAAUAUCGAAUGCUUCUCCAGAACUCUCGUUGAAUUCCCCCAGCUUGCAGGAAUUGUUCGAUCUGUCACUAUUGAAUCAGCCUGCCGUACAGAUACUGAUGAGCAUGUGACGAUGAACCUCCAGAGAAUUUUGGGAAUGUUGUCUAAUCUUGAGUCUUUCUACUUGAUUGGCAGUCUACAGAGAUCCCGCUCACUGAACAGUCCCCCGACGCUAGAAUGGCAGCCAUUGUCCUCGACCUUGAAAGAGUUGACGCUGUCCACGUAUGGUAUCACAAAAUCACACGCUCUAGCCAUAUUACAACAACCUAAACUCAAAAAGCUAUCGAUCAUAUCAAUCAAGAGUCCAUCUGCUCCACUACCAGCAGUCGACGUUCAACUCAAAACCUCAUCGUUCCCAGCCUUGGAACACCUUGAACUCGGAUCUCUGGUCCAGCACGACGCUUUCACAGCAUCUGUCCUUAGGCGAUGUCACACCCUGAAGUCCCUAAGCUUAAAAGCGGGCAGAGCGGAUGGAAAUGAAGGAGGAGAAGGGGAAAUACCAUUGAGGCAACUCCUUGCUCCGCUGUUCGACACCUUACAGUCUCUUAAGCUCAGAGGAAACACUGGCCCUCAAGGCGACUCUACGUACCUCAACCUUAAUCCCUAUGCGCGUCUCGACUUCGUGGACUUCAAAAAUCUGAGAUGCUUAGACGUUGAAAGAAGAUUUCUCUUUUCUAGCAAUCCCAAUGACAACUGGUUCAGUGAAAUUGUUCCACGAGAUUACUUUUACUUACUGCUUCCCAAGUCCUUGGAAUCCUUAACCGUCAAAUUCCCCGGAAAUUCAAGUGUGGUCGACAAUAAUCCAUACGACCCUGAUACUGCGUCCAAGCAGCCGAUUAAUGAGAACUGUGAGUGGAUCGAGAAACUGGCUCUACGGAAAUCUGAGUACUUUCCCGGCCUUCGCCACGUAAAGUUUUACGAGGAAGAGUUCAUGCGAAAGAAUAAGUCCUGGAAUGCGCCGCAACAAAUCAGUACACUUUACCGCCGGAACGGCAUCAGAUUGGAGGUGUCAGUACGUCCGCUUUCCGUCUACGAAUCUAAUGUAGAGCGUGACCACAGCGUUGAGUAUUUGGACCACAUGUUCUUCCCAUGUCAUACCCGGGAUUUAGAUUUGGACCAUGAUGCUCAUUUCACAGUGCCAGAGGUAGAGAUGUCAUCUUCACAAGACGCCACUAUCAAAUCUGCGCUAGAAAUCUUCCCGCGAAAGAUGCGGGAAGGCAACAAACUGUUUCUGAUGGGUCGUGUUGAAGAAAUCAGGUCCUUGAAUCCUCCCACUGAGAAAGAUGAAUUGGAUAAAAUGUCAAGAUUCUGGUUUGAAGGCUAUCCUGCAGCUGAGUGGCCGUCUCCUGGAUCUAACCAAGCUCACGUGGUGUACCGUUCAACGAGCAGGAUAUACGAAACUUUCUGGGCCCAAGAAACAGCCGUGACAUCAAUCGACGAGUUGCUGCUCCUGGAGCAUCCACUCUCAGAUGGAAUGGAUUGUGGAGACGCUAAAUUCACUCCUCCGUGGGAUAGAGACCAAAUUGAAAUGAUGGAGCGAUGGAUCAACAAGAAAGCAGGAAUGGGAGAAGAUGGGCCUCUGCGAAUGAACGAUGAGUUCAUAUCAUUUGUCAAAUAUGCCCCGCGAGGAGUACGAGAUCCCGACUUUCGCAAGUCCAGCAUAUGUGAAUUCUUACCAAGAUGGACUCCGCGGGGCAAUUACUGCGUCCCAUGCAAUGAAAAUCCAGAUGAAGGCACCUGGUACUUCCAGAGCGAUGAGGAUGGCAACCAGUCAUUCGAGGCAGAUGGCCAGAAAUACGACCUUUUGACCUACACUCAGGCAGGAAGAACCAGAUGCCCGUGGAAUAGCCACGUGAUGGGUCUUCUUGAACGCAUAUGGACUUCGUAUUAUGUUUUUUGCAAAAAGACAGAGAAGAAUGCUCCUGACAUUCAAAGAAACCACGAGCUGUAUACAGAAGAAAAUGGCUGGCAAUGGCGAAUAUUGUUCUUCGACGAUCGGUUUGAGACUGGCGUUUUCGCCGUGUAUUUAUUUGACAGUAUCGUCGAGUUCCUUGAGUGGUACGGUUCAUGGUACGAUCGACUGGAUAUGACCGAAGUUCGAAAGAGUACCGAACCAUUCCCAGGGAUGUCAUGGGAUGAAUGA